CUUCGAGCCCAUCAUUCCCGAGGAAGCGACGUGCACUCUUCCCAUCGCCCCUCUCCCUCUCUUGCAGCGAAGCAUGGCGGCUCGGGUGGCGCUGGCGGUUGCUUCCUCCUUCUCUCGCCCCUCUGCCGCUGCGGCGAAGCUCGUGCCUCGACGGGGACUCGCCGGUGACGGAGAUCAUCAUGGCCCACCAAAGAUUAAUAUGUGGGAAGACCCGCUUAGUCCUUCUAAAUGGAAGGAAGAACAUUUUGUACUUACUAGUUUGACUGGCUGGGCCCUUCUAUUUUAUGGUGGAUACAAGCUGUUUGGUGGAAAGAAGGACACAAAGGAAGUGGUGGGCGAAAAGUUGGUGCACUAGAUUUGCUGGGAUAACCUACCUUCUCAUUCCUCGACAAUUGCAUGGCAAUAAAGCAUUCGAGUAACAUUGCCUUCUUUAGAGAGGUCCUCUCUUUGUUAUGCUCUUCAAAGUUUUCAUAGCAUGAUAGACUAUGUACUGUGGGUUUUUGUCUUGUAAUCUUGCACAACACAUUCUAUAUUUCUCCAAUAAACCACAAUAUGAUGAGACAACAACUCCUUGGUAUUGUGAUAUUAUUUUCUCAUGGCAAGUCAAUGCUGGCUCACUAUGAUUGCCAGUCAAACUGUUCUUUCUUUA